GGUAACAACAACAACAACAACAACAACAACAAUAACAACAAUGGUAACACUAGUAGUGGCUCCACCCCGCCGACCACCACACCCCCAAGCAGUGGAUCCACGCCACCAAAUGCCCCACCAACCAACGUGCCUCCUCCGAGCAGUAGUUCCACCCCACCUAAUGCCCCUCCAACCACCACACCUCCUCCGCCACCAUCAAGCGAAGCAACGGGAGUGAAGAGAGUGAGGUGCAAAGAUAGGAAUUACCCUCAAUGCUAUGGAUUGGAGCAAAGCUGCCCCAACGCUUGUGCAUCUACCUGUCAAGUUGAUUGUGUGACUUGCAAGCCAGUUUGCAGCUGUGACUAUCCCGGCGCAGUGUGCCAAGACCCACGCUUCAUCGGCGGUGAUGGCAUCACCUUCUAUUUCCAUGGCAAGAAGAACCGUGACUUCUGCCUUGUCUCCGAUUCCAACCUCCAUAUCAACGCGCACUUCAUCGGCCGCCGCAAUGUCAACAUGGGGCGCGACUUCACCUGGGUCCAGUCCCUUGGUAUCCUCUUUGGUUCCCACAACCUCUUCGUCGGUGCCCUCAAGACCUCAGCUUGGGAUGACGCCGUCGACCGCCUCUCCCUCUACCUUGAUGGCGCCCCCAUCACCCUCCCUCAACACGAGGGUGCCUUGUGGCACUCCAAGACCACCCCACGCAUCUCAUUCACAAGGUACCGUGACACGAAUGCUAUCGAAAUUGAAGUGGAGAAGAACUUCAAGAUCAAGGCCAUGGUUGUCCCGAUCACCCGGAAGGACUCAUUGAUCCACAACUACGGAAUAACUGACGAAGAUUGCUUCGCUCACUUGGACUUGAGUUUCAAGUUCUACGCGUUGAGCGGCGAUGUGAGCGGCGUCUUGGGGCAGACCUACGCGAGAAACUACGUGAGCAGAGCCAAGAUGGGCGUGGCGAUGCCGGUGCUGGGAGGCGAGAGGGAGUUCGCAUCGUCAGGCCUUUUCACCACUGACUGCGCCGCAUCACGGUUUAUCAGCUAUCUGGUGCCGAGGAACUCGACCGAGGGUUUUGAGUACACCAAUCUCGAGUGCGCUGGCGGAGUAGAGGGCCGUGGAGUUGUCUGCAAGAGAUGAAUAU